UAGCGCUGGGCGGGGUUUACGUGACGUUUUACCGUGUUGACCGAUUCGGGCCGCCGUACAGGAGAGUAAGGACUAAACAUGGCGUCCACGGCAGCGGGCAAGCAGCGGAUCCCCAAAGUGGCCAAGGUGAAAAAUAAAGCCCCUGCAGAGGUUCAGAUAACAGCUGAGCAGCUUUUGAGAGAAGCCAAGGAGCGAGAACUUGAGCUUCUACCACCUCCUCCUAAACAGAAGAUCACAGAUGAGGAAGAACUUAAUGAUUACAAAUUGAGGAAAAGAAAGACUUUCGAGGACAAUAUAAGAAAAAACAGAACUGUUAUUAGCAACUGGAUAAAGUAUGCACAAUGGGAAGAAAGUCUAAAGGAAGUUCAAAGGGCCCGAUCUAUUUACGAGCGUGCACUAGAUGUGGACUACAGAAAUGUGACACUAUGGCUGAAGUACGCAGAGAUGGAGAUGAAGAACCGCCAGGUUAACCAUGCACGUAACAUUUGGGAUCGUGCUAUCACAACCCUUCCAAGGGUCAAUCAGUUCUGGUACAAAUACACCUACAUGGAGGAGUUGCUGGGGAACUUGGCAGGCACAAGGCAGGUGUUCGAACGCUGGAUGGAAUGGCAGCCGGAAGAGCAAGCCUGGCAUUCAUUCAUCAACUUCGAACUCCGUUACAAAGAGGUGGACAGAGCACGGUCUAUUUACGAAAGAUUUGUUUUCGUCCAUCCCGAUGUUAAGAACUGGAUUAAGUAUGCUCGCUUUGAAGAGAAGCAUGGUUACAUUGCCCACGCACGCAAAGUCUAUGAGAGAGCUGUAGAGUUCUAUGGAGAAGAUCAUAUGGAUGAAAAUCUCUAUGUUGCAUUUGCCAAAUUUGAAGAGAAUCAAAAAGAGUCUGAACGAGUACGUGUCAUCUACAAGUACGCUUUGGACAGGAUAUCGAAGCAGCAAGCCCAGGAAUUAUUUAAAAACUACACCAUUUUUGAGAAGAAGUAUGGUGACCGGAGAGGCAUUGAAGAUAUUAUUGUAAACAAGAGGAGAUUCCAGUAUGAAGAAGAAGUGAAGGCCAAUCCCCACAACUACGAUGCCUGGUUUGAUUACUUGCGGUUGGUGGAAAGUGAUGCAGAUCCAGAUACAGUCCGGGAAGUCUAUGAACGUGCGAUUGCGAAUGUCCCUCCUACUAAAGAGAAGAGACACUGGAAAAGAUAUAUUUAUCUGUGGAUCAACUACGGCUUGUAUGAAGAGCUAGAGACAAAGGAUCCAGAGAGAACCAGACAAGUGUACCAAGCCUGCCUAGAUUUAAUACCUCAUAAAAAGUUUACAUUUGCGAAAAUCUGGCUGAUGUAUUCGCAGUUUGAAAUCCGGCAAAAAAAUCUCCAUUUGGCCCGGAGUGCUCUGGGCACAUCUAUUGGUAAAUGUCCAAAGAUCAAGCUGUUUAAGGGUUACAUAGAAUUGGAGCUGCAACUGCGAGAAUUUGAUCGUUGCCGAAAACUUUAUGAAAAAUUCCUGGAAUUUGCACCAGAGAACUGCACAACGUGGAUUAAGUUUGCGGAGUUGGAGACUAUAUUGGGGGAUGUUGAGCGGGCUCGUGCAGUGUACGAACUGGCUAUUGGACAGCCACGACUAGACAUGCCGGAAGUUCUUUGGAAAUCCUAUAUUGACUUUGAAAUUGAACAAGAAGAAUAUGAUAAAACUAGAACUCUUUACAGGAGGCUCCUACAGAGAACACAGCAUGUUAAGGUCUGGAUCAGUUUUGCACAGUUUGAGUUGACUACUGGCAGUGAUGAUGUGAUAGAAAACUGUAGACUGAUAUAUGAAGAAGCAAAUAAGUCUCUUCGGAACUGUGAGGAGAAGGAGGAAAGGCUGAUGUUGCUUGAGUCAUGGAGGCAUUAUGAAGAAGAUUGUGGGACCGAUGCCACCAGAGACAGGGUAGCUAAACUUAUGCCAGAGAAAGUCAAGAAAAGAAGAAAGCUUCAAGCAGAGGAUGGGUCCGAUGCUGGUUGGGAGGAAUACUAUGAUUACAUCUUUCCUGAGGAUGCUGCCAAUCAGCCAAAUCUUAAACUGCUUGCUAUGGCCAAACUCUGGAAGAAACAUCAAAAAACUGAGAACAGCUCGGAGGAGCAGGAUUCUGACAAAGAUAUUGAUGAGGGUUCUUCCUGACAUGGAUUGUUUUCUUAUCUGUAAUGUUUUUACUUGUAUAUAAUGCCAUUUUUGUUAUUCUACGAUGCAACAACCCAACUUUUUUGAAAAUAAAGCUUGUUACGAUAA